AUGACAUGUGCAAUCUGCAAGGGCCGGCCCCUCUUGGGAUUGCGAAGUUUCUCCGGGCUGCUGGCUGGGCUUUCGAUCGUCAUGCUGCUGCUGAAGUACCGAGUGAUUCCCAAGAUCAUUCCUCCGGAUCAGUUCGAGUCAGGCUUUAGCUUGGGCAAGUACUACGGCUUUGCUGCGCAAGUCCUCUACCACUGUGCGUUGGUAGCAUGCUUCCUCGCCGUGGGCUGGAACCGUUCUCCUGGUCUCUACCACAUGGCGACCUUGGCGGAACCGGCGUACUGCACCCUGGACAUCCUUCUCUUAUUCUUCACAGGGGUGUCAUUCACUCAUUGGCAGGCAGUCCCGCUACUGGUGCAUCACACCAUCUCUUGUGCCUGCACGCAUGCGCUGAUGUACGGCCUCCCUGACUCCAUCUUCGGCAUCCUCCUUCAACUCGACUUCCAUGCCUCCAGCGCUGUGUGCCUGGGCAUUGCCAAUGCACUUCUGACCCCUCGCCUCAAUCUCACUGCUCGGCAGAGGUUGUCUAUGCAAACGGUGGCGAUGGGGAUUUGGGCUUUGACACGCGUUUGCCUGGUCUUGGUGCUAGGCUUCUUCCUGCUGGCAGAGGCUGCCCAUCUUACGGAACGUGCCGUCCGAGCGGUGGUUAUUGUGGAGCUGAGCCUGGCAGCGAUGGGGUCGUUUGCUUUUGUCAUCAUCAAGACUCCCUUGCUGACAUCCGGCUUGCAGGAGGCCUUGCGAGAGUACCGAGAAUGCCUCUACACAGAGGGUGUGGUGGCCGUGUGCGACGGCUUGGAGGCUGGCUGGGCGAGCACGCCGGCACUCCGCCGACUUGGGGCGUGA